AUGCAUCGUUCCAGACGGAUUCGCCGUGGGCUGCACCGUGGCGGAGGCUGCUGGUGCUCGUGCGCUUCGUUGAUGCUCGUUUUGCUCUUUUUUGUCUUCAGCACAUUUUUUGUGCGGGAAGAGCGUGCCGUGAGCGGCAUGAGGGGUAAACGUCCCCGGCCAGCAGCAGAAUUUUCAACGACAGCAUCGCGUAUCUCUCUGUUUGGCUCUGGAAAACCAACACGAGAUGACGUCAUAUCGUCAAAGGAUGUUAAUAACGCAACAAGAUCUUUGAGAAGCACUCUUGAGAGCUUGUCGCUGCUGCAUGUGCACUUCACUGGUCGUAAGAGGGCGUGGACACUCAAGGACCUUAUUGAAAAGGUGGGUUACAGUAAUGAUAACAGCAGCGACAUCACUUCAACUAUUUGCCCCCCUUUAUCGAAUAAUCUGUCAAUUCCCAUGGAUGAAGCGUUUCAGAUCGGGAUGCUCCGAGAAUUUGUGGGAGGUAUGUAUCAUCCGAUGUAUUGCAAGGAAUGGCGAAGGCGCACGCAUAGCGGUUCUGAACAUGAACGCGGUGAAGCGGAUAACGUCCGCGAAGAGGAUGUAGAGUUAGCUUGUGAUACAGGCAUACAAAAAAGGUUGGUUGACGCAAUACAGCAUCCGCCAAAGUACGCUUACGUCAUUAUGGUUUCAACGCACCGCUAUUUAGAUGGGGCAAUGGUAUUAGCAGAGUCCAUCCGCGAAUAUUCCCCUCUUAGUCGUAGCCAUGGUGCCGAUAUUGUGUUGAUAAUUAAUGAACACAUCAAGUCUGAAAUGUUUCCACUACUUCAGGUUCUAUUUGAUCGUGUGCAAAUUUUUAGUGGUCUUCAAAAAUGGGCACCAAAGAGUGCUUUCAAGGCGACAUUUGACAAACUGUACCUUUACAUGCUGGAAGAUUAUAAAGAAGGAAUUCUUUUUCUAGACGCCGACUCUCUCAUCACAGCUAAUCCAGACUAUCUGCUACAAAUGCAUGAAAGAAUCGCCACAGUUGUGAACUCUAACGACACCAGCUAUUGGACUCCAGCCCGCCGUGCGGUACUCUCCUAUCCCUUAACGGAACACGAGUGGCAGAGAUUAAUGCAUGCCAAGAAAAUGCCUUUACUGUUUGCUGUUGGUUACAAUAAGUAUUUUCAGACAAGUCUCUUGACUUUUAGGCCGUCUAUGAAGAUAUUUCUUAAACUAUAUCUGGAAUUUCGCUUUGGAAGUUACGGGUACAAUAGUUUACAGGGGCGUGAUGGCGUUCUCUUUCGUAACUGCUUUGCCACCAUCGGUGAAUGGAAGCGGCGUCCUCACGAGGUGUACCAUUUUAAUGGAAAUCCCAAACCGUGGUUUAACCAGGAACGCCUGGACCACAUGCUGCAGCCCAUGAAAGUCUUGAUGCGAACAGAACAAUUGCUCUCAUGGCAAGAUUAUAUAUAUUAUUAUGAGUGGUGGACGCGGUAUGAACGACUUCACAUAAAAUAUUUUCGGCUAAUUGAGAUGGAAACACGCACACGUUUUGGUUCCACACAGAUUGCGGAACUGAGGAAGUUGAAGACUCAAUAUGGUGACAGCUUAACACGUAUUUCGCCCGAUGUACACAUCACGAAGUACGGUGGGGCGAUGUUGUUGCGAAGACCAACGUCGGAGGUGCCACUUCCGCUGGGUAUGCACUCUGUAGAAGAGGCUGCUCAGGCGUCUCCAAGCUCGUUCAUGUGGCUUAUGCGGUUUAAUAGGGCUGUAGAAUAUCUUCACCCCACACGAGCGCACAUGGCGCAGUUAAGGAGAGCUACCGUCCCUCUUGCCUCUACAAAGGAGCUGAGCUUGUUGCUGUCUGUUUUUAACACUUCAUCUGUCAAGACGUGGGAGCACAAAGACAUUGUGUACGCAUUUGCGGCCUCUUCACAGGAUGAGGCAGAUAAUACUAACGAUGCUUCUUGGUCCAGCUGUGAAACGCAAUGUGCCAGGUUACGUUUGCGGUGUAAUGCCUCGCUGUUGAUUGAUACGCGAAUUGCAGAUUGUCAGUAUAGUCAACCGCCACUUUUCAUGGCAAAUGGUAUCAUUCGUUGCAAGCAUUGCAAGCCUUAUUUUAAAAGUGGUGCUCCCUUUGUGGUCUUUCAGAAACAUGAGAAAAAUGGGCUAUGGGUGCAAGAAGCCUCGGUAUGUUUCUUUAGUGCAUGGACACGCUUUGCAGCACCGCUUUGCAACGCGACAAGGCCAACACUUCAUCAGUACAACUUGAAAAAAGGGGAGUUUUUGGCUCCUGUCUGUCCAUGUCAGUAG